AGCAACCUUAUGAUAGCAUCCCAAAUUUCAGUGCUGCAGAUGCUUUGAGGCUCACAGGAAUUGGACGAAAUGAAUAUAUUGAUAUUAUGAACAAGUGCAGAUCGAAGUCCAACAAGUGGUAUCAGAGUCAGACCCGCUUUAGACGGAUUAACCACCAUCCAAAGUAGAAGAAAUGUCUGGAUCUAGCAUCUAUCCGACGAAAUUCGAGGGAGACUUCGCAAUGUGGAAAAAACACAUGGAGGUAUUCUUCAAAGACCAAUUUUAAAAUUUUGUUAAUUAUAAAAUACGAUUUUAUAGCAUCUAAGGAUCAACAAGGAGUUGACAAAGAAGAGUACAUGUGGACGAAGAAGGAACAAGCCGACUUCGUGGUUCAAAGCAGAAUUCCAUUUGCUUAGCGUCCAUUCGCCCCAAGAGGUCAGCCGGAUCAGAAGCUACUAAUCUGCAAAAGAUCUCUGGGAGAAAUUCCUGAAACUUCACGAGGAAACUUCGGAAGCAAAAAUUAGUGAGACGAGACAUCCUCCGAAGUCAACUGAUGAAUCUCCGAAUGAAUAAGGGAGAGAAGGUAGUUCAACUCCAUGCUAAGAUCAAAGAUCUGAUUAUCCAACUCAACAACCUCAGAGAAAAGGUAACAAACCAUGACUCUUUAAGGUAUGCACUUAAUGCCUUUCCGAGAACUCUAGAGUGGUCAGCCUUAGUAGAUGCUUACUACAUCUCUAAGGACCUCGAGGUAAGUUCGCUUGAAAGUUUAUUUUCUACUUUUUGAACUUCACGAGUCUCGUUGUGUAGAUACUCAGGACGUAGAAAAAUCAAACAACAUUGUCCUAAAAGUUAUGAAGGACGAAUCAGACGCCGACACUUCCCUUGACGAUGACAAAACGACAUUUAUGGUAAGAAAAUUUAAGAAAUUUUAGAUCUAAUAAAUUCAAUGAGGUGCAGGCCUAGAAAAGAAGAAAAAGAAAGGUGGGAUGCUAUCAUUGCGAUGAAGAAGGGUACAUCAAGGAUGACUGCCCAAGACUGAAGAAGAAGGACAAUAAGAAAGAACCAAGCACAACAAAGCAUAAAACCCUGAAGGCGAUUUGGGAUGAGUCGUCAUUAGAAUCUGAUUUGGACGAGUAUGCUGGACAUGCACUGAUGACAAGUCACCGGGAGGAGAGCAUAGACAAAGGUGAGACUCCUCAGAAGAAACCUGUAGCGAUGAGGAAGAAACAAACUUUAGAGUGGAUCUGGUAAGUGAGGAACUUAGGAGCACAAGAAGUCGAGCGAAAGAUGCAGCUAGCGAGAAGGAUGAAACGAGAAAAAGUCGACGGGCUCGGUGCGUCCGAGGGACAAGGUGCUGCGGAAGAGUACGCUGGCAGACGAGAAGGAAGCGUGCGACGUUUUCGAGGGACAAGCAGCCAAAGCGGAAGAUUGCUCGAGGAUGAAGGAGCUAAUUUGCAGGGAAGGCGCCUUUAAUGGCUUGGAAGGCGCCUUUCAUGAACAGUGUCGAAUACGCCUUCCAGCCUGUUGAAGGCGCCUUCCAAUGACCGUUAGUCGAAGAUAAAGUUUUAUAUUUGGUGAUAAAACUUCUUUAAUUGAAGGUGCCUUGAACCCUAUUGAAGACGUCUUCCAGCUUCGGAUAGAAUUUUUCAGGGGUUAUAAAAAGCCCCCUGGAGAAAAUUAUGUGGAAGCUGAACAAGUCAAUUGCUAAGGAAUUGCUCCCCACACAGCCUGUGGAUUUUCCUGUUGAGCCAUGGUGGGGAGUUUGCCUUGUUAACUUUACAUUGGAAGAAUUUAAGAAACUCACUGAAGAAGAAACAGCAACCAUAGACAAGGUCUGCAAGGAGGAAGUAAAUUCUUUUGUUCUUUUUGAUCCUGACAUUGUAAGAGGUCUAUACAGAAGGGGAUUGAUUUACUUGGAUAUCCCAGUUUAUCCUGAUGAUCGGUUCAAAGUUUCCAGGCUUGAAGGUUUUGUUUCAAACAGGGAACAAUCCUAUGAGGAUCCUAUCGAAGAGUUGUUGUAUGCGGUUUUUGUUGUCUCAAGUGAGAAUGCAACUGUUGCUGAAUUGGCAGCAACACUGCAGGCUAACCUUUCUCAGCUGCAGGCAGCUGCGUCAUUUGCAUGCCGAUUGGGCUGGGCUAUAAAGCUUUUGGAUCCAGAAUCCAUCCUUCAUGAUUCUAGCAUUCAUGGUUCGGCUAACAAUGUUCUAAGUGAUGAUGACGAAAGUUCUAAUGCUAGCAUCAGCUCAGAAAAAUCUGGUCAACAGAAUCAUGGAUUGGUAGCUGAAAAAGACAGAACAAUUUCUGGCACUGCUCAUGUUGCUUUUGUUGUUGAUGCCAAUAUAACAUCCUAUCUGAUGAUGGGUUCUGUUUCACCAGGUUUGAAGUCUCAUGCUGUAACACUCUAUGAAGCAGGAAAACUUGGUGAUUCUAGUAUUGCUGAUCUCUGCAAGGAUCUCUCUACAUUAGAGGGGAAAAAAUUUGAGGGCGAAUUACAGGAAUUUGCCAAUCAUGCUUUCAGCCUUCGCUGUGUUCUUGAGUGUCUACAGUCUGGUGGGGUAGUUGAAGAUGACAAGAAUGAGAGAACAAUUAAUCCAACUGAUACACAGCGUCAUCAGUCCGGUGGGGUAGCUGAUGGUGACAAGGAGACAAUUACUGAAACUAAUACACAGAAUCCCUUUAUGGAUGCCACUAGUUUGCUUAUAUCUGAGAUUAGGAUUUCAGACACAAAUGAAGCAAAGACAUAUUAUAAUGGUGAUUCUUCAAAACAUGAUCACACUAGUAUUCACCAGACUGAUUCUUUUGAGGAAUGUGAUGUUGCAAAUGCCCAUCUUUUUGCAUGUUCAGAAACUUCAGCUAAAGAUAACACAUCGAAACAGGAAAAUGAGUCACUGAGGGAUCAACAAGUUGCAGUUGCAUCUGUUGAUGGCCCAGAAAAUGAAAGGAUCAUUCCAAAAAGGAAAAGGAAGUACCGUGUUGAUGUUCUUCGUUGUGAAAGCUUGGCUUCUCUUGCACCGAAAACAUUAGAACGGCUCUUUCUCAGGGACUAUGAUAUUAUUGUGUCAAUGGUUCCACUUCCUGCUUCAUCAGUUUUACCUGGACCUUCAGGUCCAUUCCACUUUGGUCCACCCUCAUAUUCUUCAAUGACACCAUGGAUGAAACUAGUUUUGUACUCACUAGUGGAAAAUGGACCUAUAUCAGUUGUCUUGAUGAAAGGACAGUGUUUGCGAUUGCUUCCUGUCCCAUUAGCUGGUUGUGAGAAAGCCUUGAUAUGGUCUUGGGAUGGUUCUACAGUGGGAGGCCUCGGGGGCAAGUUCGAAGGAAAUUUGGUUAAUGGAAAUGUACUAUUACAUUGUUUAAAUUCAAUGCUUAAGCAUUCAGCUGUGCUGGUACAACCUCUCAGUAGAUAUGAUCUUGAUAGUUCUGGGAGAACUGUUUGUGUAGAUAUUGCAUUACCGCUUAAGAAUUUUGAUGGAUCAAUUCAACCUAUUGGGUCAGAUAUGGGACUAGAUCCAGAAGGAAUUGAAAACUUAAAUACAUUGUUAAAUGAGCUCUCCACCAAAAUAGAGUUAUUAACUGUUGGUUAUAUUCGCCUUCUAAGAUUGAGGAAGGCGAUACACUCAAACAUGUUUUCAUCAGAUGAUAAUAAGUAUGAAUGGGUUCCUUUAAGCUUGGAAUUUGGUAUUCCUUUGUUUAAUCCCAAAUUAUGUGGCAGAAUUUGUGAAAGGAUAGUCUCAUCACAUUUACUGCAAACAGAUUGGCUUAGCGAACACCAUGAUGCAAUGCAAAAUCUGAGAAAAAGAUUGUAUGAUCUGUGCUCUGAAUACGAAGCAACAGGCCGAACAGCAAGGUUGUUUUACCGUAUUGAUCAGGUUCGAGAAUCACCUCGUCAUUUGAUCAGUUAUGCUAGUGGAAGAUGGAAUCCACUUUUGGAUCCUUCAACACCAAUCUCUGGAGCUUCCAGUGAACAUCAGAGGCUCAAGCUAAUAAAUCGGCAAAGGUGCCGACCAGAGAUUCUUAGCUUUGAUGGCAACAUUCUCAGGUCUUAUGCACUUAGUUCCAUUUAUGAAGCUGGUGCACAACCAUUUGAAGAGUCAACUUCUGCUGAUGGAACAAAACAUGAAUCGGAUGAGGAACACAGUAGAGAAGUUGUCCUACCUGGUGUUAAUUUAUUGUUUGAUGGGGCAUCAUUACACCCAUUUGAUAUAUGUGCAUGCUUGCAGGCUAGACAGCCUGUUUUGCUAAUAGCAGAGGCAUCAUCUGCAUCUACUUUGAUGCAGGCAACUAGGACGUCAUUAUAGUUUGUUUUUGAAUUGCUUGUGUUACAUGUUUGAUGACGCUUGGAGACAUUCUCCUUUGUAUACCUUAGCGGUUCUUUUUCAGCAUCUUGAAGAUUCAUUGCUGCACUUCUAUUCAUUCUUUGAUUCAAGCAGAUAUUUUGUCAAGUAUGAUUAACCUAAAUUUCAUUCUUUUUUUGGCUUAUGAUAGCA